GCCAGGUGCCUUUGUGAGUGGGACCAGCAGGUCGGGGUGACACUGAACACACCAGCAAACAAACAACACCUCUUUGGAGAGGGGUUUGCUCCAGUUUCUCCUCUCACCACACCACUUGUGGCAGAAGUGCCGCUAUAAAACCCAGGGCCUUCCAGGUCCCCCACCCCAGCCACCUCAGACACACUCCCGGGAUCUCCCCUGGCCUCCAGCCAUGAGGGUGCUCUGCCUGCUCUUUGCUGUGUUCCUGCUUUUUUCGUUGGCCACCCCAGGGCAGGGGCAGCCCAAGAGCUCUUGUGACGGGUACUGCUCCUACUUGUGUGGCAAAACCGACGAGUGGACCUUCAGCCCCUCCUGUGGGAAGAUGUACUGCUGCAUCCCCUCACCCAAAAAGGGAAAAUGA